UGUAUUGCAGAAGAAGGAAAGGCGACGAGGGUAGAAUCGUGUAAGCCAAGGCGAAACGGGCCGCCACGCGCUGAAAUUGCACUAUACACCAGAGCUCCUGCUUGUAAAUAUCGUCUGUGAGCAACAAAAAAGGAAGUUCAUACCCAGGUUUACCUGUCCAAAGGCCGAGUUUGUACCGCAUGUGCUGGAGUACAGACAUUGUGCUGUGAGGGGAGGACAGCAUGUUUACAUGACGAGACAUCGCGGGGACUGUACACGGUAAAGGAAACGAGAGCUUCAGAACCCCCCUUUUAAGGAUAAAGCAGCCUGAAUCCCUUUUAUUAUUUUUUCCGUCUGUCUCUUUCUACGGUGACGGACUGAGUUGUUUCAGUGGAAUAACGAUAAGACAUUCCGAAGAUGCUGAAGAGGUGCACCGUACCUACGCUAUGCUGCAGCUAUCUUUUCGCCGUUAUCUUCACGCUCGCUCUGCCCAAGUGCACGCUGUCUACAGGAGCCGAGAAAAAUAUGGUGAAUAAAGAGGACUAUUAUAGCGCCACGGUGAACGCCACUGUUUUGGACUCAAAAGGUAAUCCUAAACAAAUGCUCACUAAGGAUGACGGCAGGUACGGACAGAAUUCCCCAAAAACAGAAGCGAAGGGAAUUGUGGUAACACCUGCUGCUGUAAACGGCGUGGUGGACCUGCAGGGAUGCUGUCCGUAUACACGCUUCGUGGUGCCCCCUAAAACCACACAGUGGGUGGCACUGUUGCAGAGAGGCAAGUGCACCUUUAAGGAGAAAAUCCUGAAGGCAGCGGCCUACAACGCCUCAGCCGUGCUCAUCUACAACAACAGCUCCAAGGAGGACACGGUCACCAUGGCACAUGAGGGCACUGGCGACAUGGUUGCGGUCAUGAUCACUGAGGCGUAUGGGAAGGAGAUCCUGAGCUUCCUGGAGAAGAACCAGACGGUGCUGGUGUCUGUGAUGGUUGGGGUGCGCGGUCCACCCAAGAACAUCAACCGAGGAUCUUUGGUUUUCGUCUCCAUCUCCUUCAUCGUUCUGAUGAUCAUCUCAUCAGCCUGGCUCAUCUUUUACUUCAUUCAGAAGAUCCGAGACACCAGUGCACGAGACCGCAGCCAGCGACGACUUGGAGACGCUGCCAAGAAGGCCAUCAGCAAGCUGACAACCAGAACCGUUAAAAGAGGCGACAAGGAGACGGAUCCCGAUUUCAAUCACUGUGCCGUCUGCAUUGAGGGUUACCAGCUCAAUGACGUGGUCCGCAUCCUACCUUGCAAGCAUGUCUUUCAUAAGAUAUGUGUGGACCCAUGGCUAAAUGAACACUGCACCUGUCCCAUGUGCAAACUCAAUAUCCUUAAAGCUCUAGGCAUCAUGCCUAACCUGCCGUGUGUGGACAAUGUGGCGUUUGACAUGGAACGGCUGUCGCGCAGUCAGACCUCUAGUCAGAGGACAGCAUUAGUGGACCUGUCGUCAGAGACCAGUAUCAGCCUGGAGCCUCUUCGCCACUCCAGCUCUGCCCAGAUCCCCUCUGAUGGAGAGAUCACCCCACGCACAGGAGAGAUCAACAUCGCUGUCACCAAAGAGUGGUUUAUAAUCGCCAGCUUUGGUGUCCUCAGCGCUGUUACGCUCUGCUAUAUGAUCAUCAGAGCCACAGCCAGCUACCCCAGCCUCAGCCUGGAGAUGGAGUGAAGUCAUAUGCCGUGGACCUGAUUCCUGAAAUGUGUAUACAACGUCGUUCUCUGUCCACUUCCCUUCCUUCACAAGUAAUGCUGAAUACAGUCUGAAUGGGCCAAAGCUAGACAGUAGCCACUCUCUCCUGACUACACACACCCAUUCAGUCGCCAUCAAGCUCAGUGUGAAGGAGUGGAAGUCAGGCUAAUGCAAGGAAAUUGAACAAGGCCUCUGUCCUUUUUGCACAUGAAUAAAAUCUGAUUAUGCCGCAGAUGAGGCUAGGAGACAAGUACACUGCCAUAGACUGUAUAGACCGAUCACACAGCCGUGUCAUUCUGAUGUACCAUAUUUUGUUUCACUUUCAUCAAAAAAUCUUUGACAAUAUUUUUGUGGGAAUAACAUUUUUUUUACUAUGUCCUUUGAUUUAAUAAAGUGAUUUCCCUCACAAAA